ACCCCUACUCUCGUUUAAGAUAUUUUGUCUGCUCUCCAAAUUGCUUCUUCCUAGUACAAAUCAAGAGGAGAGAACGAGUUUGGUGAAAGAAGAAGACGGCGUAGAGGUUAAAGGAAAGGAGACGUUGGAUAUGGUGGACUCGGAGUAUGUGUAUGUACCAGUAAGGCCUGAUCUAAGACGUCUUCCCAAACACAUUUCCUCACGUCUGAAGAAGAAUCUCUUUACCGAAAUAACAUCAAAACAACUAAAACAGUUCCUGGAUGGUUCUGAAUUUAAAAAAGCUGAAGGCACUACUCGUAAAGGCCUUUUUAAGCUGUCUGAUAAUGGGAAGAUUCUCAUGUUGUUUUGGCAGCUGGAACCGACACAUCAAGCGAGGAAACAGCUUUACAAAGAGCUUGUGGAACUCGAUUUAUGGGAGAAGCUUUCUGGUCCUAUUCGAGACCAAAUAAAACACAUCCUGUGUUGGGCCUAUAGCUCCACUGAUCUCGUCUCCGCCUUACGAUGUAUCCGUCUGUUGGAUGACGAUUUUGUUCCUCUGUCCACGUGGUACCUCCACUCUCACGUGCAUCCUGAGAAGAUUGGCAAUGACCCAACUGCGUUAACCGGUCAUUCCUGUUAUGCAACUAAUACCCGUGAAGCCUUCAAGUUCAUGUUAAACCACGGAGGAGUGCCUAAAGAACGGGACGUUGAGUUCGAUUGUAAUGAGGAUCAUCCAGCUGAUCCAGAACCUAACAUCACCAUCAACUCUUACCUUACCUUUGAUACCUUAGAAGAAGCACUGGCCCAGCUCCGCAAACAGCCCAUUGGGGCGUCUUUACUUGAAUUUUCUGAACUUUGGAACCUCAAAAAGGAUGCCAUUUACUAUGGCCCUACAGAGGCAGAUUCUUAUUUGCUUGGUUACCACGGAGUCGACAUUGUUGACAUACAGUUUUACAAUAACGAAGUAGUUGCUCUCUGCAAAUUCAGUAACGGCACGCAUGUCGGUCGCGAUGGAUACUUCCGUGUCUCGCUAGGUACUCGGUAUAUGAUGAUCGGGUGUGAUGAGAAGAGUGCAGAGACUGUUCGACCAACGCCGACUCCAGAGCCAUUGCUAUGCAAUUUCAUCUUCCCGGUCAUACAUGAAACUCCAAAGCCCGAAGGCGAAGGCGAAGGCGAAGCUGAGAAGCAGGAACUUAAGAGGAAACGUGGUGAACCCACACACGAGAGGAAACGGCGGUGUACACCGAAGCGUCAGAACUUAAGAAGAAGAAGGCCGUUCCAUGACCAUGGAGAUAAGAAGAAGAAGCAGAUAAGUGGCUGAGAAGAAGAAGUGGCUGAGAGUGUGAGAGAGUGAGAGCUUUUUUUUUUCUUUUUGACCCCUUAAAGCAUCUGUUAGCUAGUAAAGGGAAGAAACUAAUGUCUUUUGUCUCCUCUUAACUCAUCUCUCCUCGGUUAGGUUUUUGGCUGGUUAGAUCUUUUUUGAAAACUUGUCAGGAUUCUUAUGUGUCUGAGUAAUGCGAUUCUGCAAUAUGGCUACAUUAUUGACACUAAUAUAAUACUUCCUGGUGGAUGGUUUGACUCUGCA